AUGUCCUCAUGCCAGUUUGUCACCGUGGGGCAGGCGGAGCUGCCACCCUUGGGGCACUGGGUGCAAGUGGCGUGUCCGGCUCGCCUGGACCUCUCUGGAGCUUUGCUCAAAGCUGCCUUCAUCUGCACCCAGGUCGUGCAGUUCCCUUCGCAGAAACCCCUGCGGGCCCAGCUGAUGGAGAGCUUCGGAGGCGGAUUUGAGGUGCAGACCUGGUCCAAGCUGCCCCACGGGUCUGGCCUAGGCACCAGCAGCAUCCUGGCAGGAGCGGUGAUGGCAUCACUGUACCGGGCAGCCGGGAAGGUGGCCAGCACAGAGUCCCUCAUCCACGCCGUGCUGCACCUGGAGCAGAGGCUGACGACAGGUGGCGGGUGGCAGGAUCAGGUGGGUGGGCUUGUGCCUGGCAUCAAAAUUGGGAGGUCGAAGGCCCAGCUGCCACUCAGGGUGGAGGUGGAGAAGAUCCCGGUGCCCGACGGUUUUACCCAGACCCUCAGGGAUCACUUGCUGCUGGUGUACACGGGGAAGACUCGCCUGGCCCGCAACCUGCUCCAGGACGUGGUGAGGAACUGGUACGCCAGGCUGCCCUCCACCGUGCAAAACGCCGACGCGCUGGUGAGCAACGCCGAGGAGUGUGCCCAGGCCUUGAGGCAAGGGAACCUGCUGCUCCUUGGCAAGUGCCUGGACCGCUACUGGCAGCAGAAGAAAUGCAUGGCCCCUGGGUGCGAGCCGCUGGCUGUCAGGCGCAUGAUGGAUGCUCUCCAGCCCUAUGUCUACGGGCAGUGCUUGGCAGGGGCUGGCGGUGGCGGCUUCCUUUACGUCUUAACCAAAGCCCCUCAGCAGAAAGAGGCUUUGCACCAAAUUCUAGCAAAAACCGAGGGACUGGGCAACUUCAGCAUCCACAGCAUUGAAGUAGACACGGGCGGUUUCUCUGUGGAGGUCGUGGGACAUGGUCUGAAGGACAAUGCUCACCCCGGAGGGGAACGUGGCUGUGUGAAGGCCUUCAGCCCUGACCCGCUGCCAGCAGCCAUGGGGGGCAGGGGAGGGAGCAGCCAGCCGCUCUCCAAAGCAGGGCCAUCCCUGCUGCUUUAG